AUGGCGCCCCGAGGGCCACUCAGCAACCGGAGCAGACCCAGCCUGCGACUCCACAGCCCCAGGAAGCUGACCUCUGAGAAAGUCAUCCUUCUGGGCACCCUCGCUGAUGGUCUCCGGUUUGAACAACGGGAGACAUCCAGCAGGAAAAGUGGUUCAGGGACCAAAAUUCCCUUCUCCCCUUUGCCCUUUAGCCUCAGGGAGUUAUCACAGUGUCUGGCACAGAGAGCACUUAAAACAUUUGUGUUCCUCUUCUCUUCCACAGGAGGUCUACACACCACCACUGGGGCUGCCACCACGUCUCUAGUGAUCCCUGAGAAGUUCCAGCACAUUUUGCAAGUGCCCAACAUCAAUGGGUGGUGGAAAGUAACCUUUGCCAUCACUGCAAUUAAGGGUGUGGGGCAAAGAUAUGCUCAUGUGGUGAUGAGGAAAGCAGACAAUGAUCUCACCAAGAGGACAGGAGAGCUCACUGAGGAUGAGGUGGAAUGUGCAGUCCCUAUUAUGCAGAAUCCACGCCAGUGUAAGUUCCCAGACUGGUUUUUGAAUAGACAAAAAGACGUGAAGGAUGGAAAAUACAGCCAGGUCCUGGCCGAUGGUCUGGACAACAAACUUUGCGAAGACCUGGAACAACUGAAGAUUUGGGCCUACAGAGGCUGGCACCACUUCUGGGGACUUCAUGUCCAAGGCCAGCACACCAAGAGCACAGACCACCGUGGCGGCGCCAUGGGUGUGUCCAAGAAGAAAUAAAUCUGUAGGCCUUGUCUGUUAAUUGUUUAUACGCCUA